UCAAUAUGGCGGACGGAUUUUAGAAGUCUUGUGUUGUUUUUUUUUCGUGGAUUCAUCAGAAGGAACAGUUCGUUGAUAUUUCUAGAGAAGAGUAAGACAGUAUUUCCCAAUCAUAAGGCAUGUCAAAAUUAUUCAUCACUCGUAGUGGUUUUCGAACAAUUUGGAAGAGAAAUGGCAAUGGCUGUUGCGUUAUUCAGACCGUCAGUCGAUCAACCCAAGUACGGUUCUCUUCUGGUAAUGGCCAGAACGUAGUAAAGCAAUCCUCAAGGAUAAAAUGGUUUUGGAUGCCGGCUGGGUUUGGAUUUGCUCUAAUCUCGGUCAUUCAACUUCGUCACAUUCAACAGCGUGAGAGACGGAGGCACGCCCCCCUUGAGGGAGUGGCGACCCAAAGUGGUAUACCCCCCUGGCAGGUGAACUUGUUCAAAGUUCUUCCAACUCGUGCAUUGUCGAGAUUUUGGGGCUCUGUUCACGACAUUGAAUUACCGACCGUGUUAAGGGGUCCUGUGGUACGCCUGUGGACUUGGGCAUUCAACUGUUGUUUGGAAGAGGCAGAAGAAACAGAUCCGAGCAAAUACAAGAAUCUUGGAGAGUUUUUUACCAGGAAACUGAAGCAAGGUUCACGGGAUAUUGAUAAAAAUAGUGAGCUGGUUAGUCCAGUUGAUGGCCGUAUUUUACAUUUUGGGAAGGUCACAGAUGGAAAACUCGAACAGAUUAAGAGUGUCCCAUACAGCCUUGAGAGCUUUCUCGGGCAGUCGACGCUGUCAAAUGCUGACCACCCAACUCCAGACAAUCAGCUUUAUCAAUGUGUGUUGUAUCUGGGUCCUGGAGAUUGCCACCACUUUCAUUCUCCAGCAGAGUGGGACAUUGAAACUCGAAGACAUUUUCCAGGCAAGCUGUAUUCGGUGUCGCCUUGGGUUUUGAAGGGCUUUCGAGAUGUGUUUUGCACUAACGAGCGAGUCUCGUUAUAUGGUAAUUGGAAACAUGGCAUCUUCACAAUGACAGCUGUUGGUGCUUACAAUGUUGGGUCAAUUAACGUCCACUUUGAUGAUGAAUUGAGGACCAAUCAGAAGACAGGCGAAAUGGACAAGUUUCAUGAAAGGAAGUUCAAUAAAAGCAAGUUUCUUGGGCGAGGUGAUCACAUUGGUUGGUUUGCAAUGGGAUCUGCUGUUGUUUUGAUUUUUGAGGGACCGAAAGAUUUUGAAUUCACAGUUAAGAUUGGACAGAAUAUCAAGUUGGGACAGUCACUAGGCUGCAAAAGGCUUGCAGGAAGACAGGAUUGUUGUUAAUAAGUGUAGAUUUGGUUUAUAAGUUAAUAAAUAAAUGUUAGUUUCAGAGAUGAUUUCACUUAUUGCAGGAAACCUUCUUUUAUCAAUAAGAACAACAACUUAAAAAGUAUGCAAGAAUAUCGAAUUUGUUCUAGCUCUUAUCUAUCGAUAUAUAAAGAUUGUUUAUUAUGUAUUUAGCUUGGAAAGCAAGAAGAUGAACAAAAAUAUACCACUGC